AUGGAUGUUGAUCCCCUCAAGUGCGGCCAGCAGAUGCCUGAAUGUCUGCAAUGCAAUCGGUCCAACCGGAUAUGCCCCGGCUAUAAGCGUGACUACGUGUUCGUUGAGGUCGACCCUGCAGCCAAGGCAAUACAACCAACUCCGCAGCAGAAUUUAGCUUUGAUUCAGACUAGUCAUCACCAGCAGCUACUAAACUAUUUUUGCUGCCACUGUGUUCCAGACACAAAAGGGCCAUUUGGGGGCAGACCAUGGCUCAGUCAGCUCCCACAAAUGCCGAUUGACACCGGGGCCCUGAAAGCAUCUACUCUUGCGCUUUGCACAGCGCUGGUAGGUCGCUCUACGGGCAACAAGGCCUUAGUACACGAAAGUUUGAAGCUCUAUACUCGUGGGCUCCGGGCGCUACAGGUAGCUCUUCAGAGCUCCUCGCUGGUUAGGCACGAUGAGACGCUUGCUGCAUGUCUAGUUCUGGCGAUGUACGAGAUCACAGAGUGCCCAGCUAGGCAUAUUGUUGGCUAUUACCAGCAUUGCCGUGGUCUUUUGUCGCUGAUCCAACUGCGCGGCGUGGGUGCACAUGCAUCGGGAUUGGGACAUCAGCUGUUUCUUGCCAUUCGUGUCCACUUGUUAAAGCCUAGUUUCUUGGCCGAGCCUAGCUGGAUGGAUAAGCCAUGGCAAAAUGCAGCCAAGAGACCCUACGACCGAAUUGUCGAGUGUAUGGCUUUCGCCCCGCGGCUCUUUCAUCAGUUAAAUAUCUACACGCGCCUUCCAUACGCAGAGAAAGUGCCGCUAAUGUCGCGUUUGCUGAAAGAGUUCGAAUUCUUAGAUAAUACGCUCCAAGUGAUUUACAAAGAAAUAAAAGAUACUGUGAGUGGUCCAAUGUACUGGUCUAUAUUGUCAAAAGACAGUGGCUGUGCAGGAAAUCCGAUGAAGGGGCCGGUAUUCCCCGUCGCAUUCCAGUUUCCAGAUCUGAAAACGGCAGCCAACUUGAUGGUGCUUUGGGCGACCAGUUCUCUCUUGCGGAGGGGUUGGAAUGCCGCAUACAAGGAUCUCAGGCAAGGCUCGUAUAGUGAGAUCAUGGUCGUUCCCCGAGAGGUCACAUCGGUCGUCACCAAAGUUUGCCAGUCCGCUGAGUUCUGUCUGAACGAGACGAACCUGAUGUUUGGGGGAUUUGUCGCUUCGAUGCCACUUGCAAUCUGUAAAGCUGCACUGCAGGGUGAUGGGCUCCACGACUGGCGUGUUGCCUGGAUUACAGGGGUGUUGGAGACGCUCCAGCAUCGCGGCACCGGCAUUCAUGGCAUGGUCGAAGGCAUCAUCCCCGUCAUCCCCCGUAUUUUCAGCACUCAGUGGAAAUCGAGCUUGCUUCAUUGUAGCAACAUCGGGUGGGCUGAUUACCUGUCGGACGGGAUAACUGACGAUCUGUUGCACGAACGGAUCGAACGCGAGAGAAAUGAUCGUAACCGUGGCACCAAGAGAGAGGAGAAGACCACCAGGAUGCUGCCGUUGAAGUAA